GGGAUCGAAAGGUGUUGCUCCUCCGUCGCGUCGCGAGGUUCGCAAACGUACUGCUGCGACCUGCGUGCGACAUUGCGGCCAGUUCAGUGGCUGAAAAGCAGUGGCUCGGUGUGUUUGUGCGCGAAGAAACGUCGCUCGUGGUGUUUAUCGCGGGUCCAGCAGCGGUUUUCAUCUUUUCUUCAUCAUUGAGUGGCUCGUCUGUCACUGCAGACUCAAGUGUUCCGUGCGGGUAAAAAGUGUACGUAUUAAAUAAUCUGCUACUCGGUUCGGGUUGCUUGCGCUGUGAAGUGGAUGGUAGAGUGGCCAAUCCGGGUCACGGAGUGCAGUGGAAGGAACAGUGCGAAUUUCAUUAGGCAAGAACACGGCGGAAAUUAUCGUUCGGAAGAUUGGAUCUGUCAAAAGUGCGGAAUAAUUCAAGCUGGAUGUGCGAUUGCUGCGAUUGUGUUGAUGACGGAAAUUGUAGUGUCGAAGUGAGCUGGGCUGGGAGGAUUUUAGUCGAAGGGUAGACGAAGCAGCCUUGCAUAGAUAAAGAAGUGCAGAGAUCAAGGUCUCGUUUGUGAAUUUUACCUUUACCAGAGUGUUGAGUGAGCUCAGCGGAUGUGGUAAAAUACCCAUUAUUUGGAUACUAUUUGUUGAUGGUGGAGAAAUAUAGCCUUCCGGAGAAGCAUUACCAGCCCGGAGGAGAUAUUAGGGCUCUCAUAGAACAGCAACUUCACACCCUCCCACUCGUAGACAACGAAGCCGCAGUUGAUCGUUAUGCCGUCUAGUCGAAAUGUGAUUCAUUCGAAGUUCCAUUCCAUCCUCCACAGCCCGGGACUUGCCAUUAUGAUCGCGGUUGCGAGUGUGUAUCUCAUGAUGUGAUCGUCGGUGGUAGACUUGUAACGUACAUAUACAUAACUCGUUCUGUGUGAUCAAUCGUCUAACUUGGCCCGGCAUCUUCUCACGACAUCGACACAAAACAAAAAAUAAAAUAAAGAAGCAAGAAGAAAUUUUAAUAGUACCAGCAAAAAAAAAAAAACGCCAGUGUUUAAACUAAUCUGCAUUUAUUCACGUGAUUCCACUCGUCGUACCGUGUGACAUCAGCUAUCAUCGUUAAUUAUUUACCAGUUAGUGGGUUGGUGGAAUUAAAACGGGUGAAUGAAAGCAACAGUAGCCAACCAGCAGUCAGUGAGGACGCCAGUGUUUUGAUCUCAGUGUGCAAUCGAGCGAUGGAUCAACACCGUCGCGCCACCGCAAUGGAAUGGAAUUAUCUAUGAAAGUAUACAAGAAGAUAAUUAUCAUAUUCUGUAUAGGCAGCUUCGACGAUUGAGUUGGCGACUGCUCCGAGUAAGUUCGACCCGGCAUCGUCACCUUCCACGUUUAGUUCUGCAUCGCGUUGCGGUGUUGUUGGAUCGAUCGAGCGACUACCCACCAAGCCAAGUGAACAUCGAAUCGUGCGUUGGCGCAUUGACGGAGAUUGUAGAGUGUAUCAGCGAAGUUAUGAAGGUCUACCGGAGAGGAAUGUGAUUUAUUAUGUGAAUGGGUGUUGUGGUGUGAUUGAAGGCCCUUGCGAGAAUCUCAAGUUCUUGUUGAACAACGCGUGUAAAAAUCACAUGCGUCGACGCGUCGGUUUCUGUGUUGUAACAUCAUAAACCCCGGCAUUCGUAGAAGCUUUAUAGUGAAUGUUUUCAUUAUGAAAACAAUGAUGACAGCAGCAUCACACUGUGUUUUUGGUUGUAUGAAGUUAUUGUGUUAUUUUAUUUAUUUUCCAUUGAAGAUCGUCUGAUCAGCUGCUAAGCGUGCUUCCAUCUCUGACGAAGAUCACCGAGAGAAUCACGAAGUCGAGCGAAGUGUUUAUUGCGAUGUUAAUCGCUCGAAUCAGCAGUCCCGUGGAUGAUCGAUCUAGCACGGAAGUGUGUUGUAGCCGUUUGUUAAUUAAGUGCUGUUUGGCCUACUGAUAAGCGCAUAGGUGAAAAUUAGUGUUCCAAGCAAAAACGAGGCAGUCAAUGUCAGCAGUGUUUAACUUCGAUGUGUUCGUAGUGAGUGAUACUGAGACCGCAUUGUUGUGUUUAGUAAGAUUGCUAAACUAGUGAAGAAGAGUAAAAAUGCGGCGAACAAGUCGGAAUUCUUUCAACUUUGACUUCUCUCUGAGAAGAUUGUUGCUGCAGGGUGCACGAGCGGCACGAGGAAGCCCACCGCUUGGGCAAAGGCUAUGCGAUAUAGAGAAAGGCAGUGGUAGCAGCAGGGAUGGUGGCGGCGGACCUAGUGGCAGUAAACAUGACAAGGGCGGUGGAUCGUCCAACAUUGGUAGUCAUAAGCAUAACCCGGAAUCCAGCUCGCAACAUUCCGGCAAUUCACCGGGAAACCUGGACCGAGGCAUCUCCACCUCGAAACUCACGCCAAAUAGUCAUAAGUCGUCUAAUAGUCUGCACAGUAAAAGCACGGCCGGUUCCGGUGGAGCUUCGGCGGUGAGUAGCAACAAAUCUCCCGAAGAAUGUCCCCUCUGCUACGACAAUCUGUCGGGCGGCGAUGAGUUCUACUCGUUGCUAAACUGCAAACACUACGCCUGUCGAGGCUGCCUAGAGAACUACCUGAUGAUCGAAAUUUCCGAAAGCCGCACGGACAUCAGCUGUCCGCAGUGUCCGGAAUCGAUGCACCCGACUGACAUUCAAACGCUGCUGAGAGCGUUCCCCGCUGCCAUAACCAAAUACGAAGACUUCAUGGUGCGACGGGUGUUACUGGCCGAUCCGGACUCCCGUUGGUGUCCGGGCCCGGACUGCAGCUAUGCCGUCGUUGCCAAUGGGUGUGCAUCCUGCCCGCGGAUACGCUGCGAACGGCCGGGAUGCGACGUGCAGUUCUGCUACCACUGCAAGGCCGAGUGGCAUCCGGAUCAAACGUGCGAUGCAGCCCGAGCUUCCCGCCAGAGUCCAACCAGGGCACCGUCCGGUAGUAUAAGUCAUGGUUCACACCAUAAGGACGACAUCAAGCCAUGCCCCCGCUGCCAGGUGCUGAUCGUCAAGAUGGAUGACGGUUCCUGCAACCAUAUGGUUUGCGCUAUCUGUGGAUCGGAGUUCUGCUGGCUCUGUAUGAAGGAGAUCAGCGAUCUGCAUUAUCUGAGCCCCUCCGGGUGUACCUUCUGGGGCAAGAAGCCGUGGUCGCGCAAGAAGAAGCUCCUGUGGCAGCUCGGAACGUUGGUGGGGGCACCGCUCGGGAUAGCCCUGGUUGCCGGAAUUGCCGUGCCUGCGAUGAUCAUAGGAAUUCCCGUUUGGGUGGGACGGAAGAUUCACACACGCUAUAAAUCGGUUGGAAAGCACAAACGGAAUCUUGCCGUCCUGGGUGGCGUAACGGCGUCGGUCAUAGUGUCGCCAGUGCUGGCAGGUCUCGCCGUUGCGAUUGGUGUACCAAUCCUUCUGUUCUACGUGUACGGAGUUGUUCCCGUUUCGCUGUGUCGCGCCGGCUGCGGUGAAGGGACCAAAUUCGAGUUCGACGAAGAAGAAGACAAUGGAUCCAGAAAUCAUGAUGCCACCAGUGUUGAUGCCGUGUCCCGGAUCGGGGCUACCAGUAUAGGAGAGGUUAGUCUGAGUGUUGCUAGCGGUAGUCAUUUGGGUGUUAGUAGCCAACAUUCGAAUUUUGGCGUAGUGACGAAUCCCUCGACGCGGGAAUCGACCACAGCUUUGGCGGGCAGCAUAACGGGCCAUCGCUUGGAAGUUCAAGCCGAUAUUAGUACCUCGGAGACGGCCUCCGCGGUCACCUGUGUUAGUGAGAAAUCGGGCAACACCCUGAAUGACACCGCAUCGACGAAAGCCCUCGCUGGUUCAAUCUUGAGCUACCGAGCGCAACAGAUGGCCACUGAUUCGGCUUGCUUCAGUGCAUCGGAGGAUGGCGCAUCGGAACGGGUGCGGUUUGACAACACGGUAUGUUAUGUCAUUGAUGGUAGCAGCAUGGGAUCUGGUGCCAAUAAAAAAGAAUCCUGUGAUAUCUGGUAUACUGUCCCAUUGGAUCAGGACACGGCAGCUGACAAGGCUAGCCUGGGCAGUGGUCGAUCGUUUCGCAGCUCGGAGCGGUCUUUCCGGGACGAUUUCGAUUCAACCAGUUUGUCGUCUUCGCACAACACCGGUAAUAUCACGACCAGUGGUAGUCAUCACAGCCACAGCGGUGUGAUUGGCACCAACCCCAGUGGAGGAAGUGGUACGUCCUUGUCGUCGAGUUCUAAACAUCCUCGGAUCAGUGCAUUUGGGCAACGCAUUCCAAAGCUGGGAUCGGCAGCACUACAACAUCGGACACUGUCCAUCGAUAGUAAUACCGGAUCAUAUAACAUUCCGGAAAAUGUUAGUUUGGAGCAGGAAUUGGAGGAAGAGAACCAGCAGGAGCAACAGUCGUCGUCGUUGACGCAGUCGCCCAAAGUGAUCGUUAUGACGGUGGCGUCGACAUCCUCUGCGGGCAGUGGAGACAAUACUGCAUCAUCAAGCCGGGCGGCCGACGAACCACCCAAAUCGAGAACUCAUAUACUUAGGAAUCUGUUUUUCGCACAAACCGGUUCUGGGACGACGGGAACACGGGACAACUCGAUGGGACCGUUACCAAAAUCGUAAGGACAACUGACCAGGAGCGUUCAGGUUGUUGAUUGAUGGAAAUCCCAUUUAUUGGUAAUACUUUCGCAUUUGUAACCAGUUCCUCUGCAGAUAAAGGCUGGUAAUUUGGACAAAAAAAUAUUUCAAUGAACUAUUAUUUAAGUUUGUUCGCAUUUAUUUUGCAUCGAUCAGCAAAAAAAACCUGUAGAAACCGUUCUAAGUACUGGAUAGAUCAUAUGUUGUGGUAAUGCUGAGGUAACGGUGUUCGUGAAUGAUCAUCUGAAUGUUAUACGCAUGAAUUCCUACGUUGCGAAAUAAAAACGGCGGGAAAUGGCCCUAACAUGAA